ACAUGUGUUUGUGUUUGACUCUUUGAGCUCGAAGUUUGACAUUCACAGAACAUGUUACUCUCACUAAUUAUUUAUUUGCAAUCCCUAAAAUGGUUGGUUCCAACAUUUAUAAUGCUCGGAGCGUCUCCAUGUUACAUGACAGUUUGGGCAGGGUGGCGAGCCCUGACAGCGAUUCUGCCGAGACGAUACUAUCGAUUUGGAGACGACAUCCUCUAUUCGUCAUACCAAAGAUUUAUUUUAUUUUUCUUUGAAAACUGUACGGGCGUAGAGCUUUUCCUUUAUGGAGAUACUGACUGCAUUGUAACACAGCAGAAGGAAAAUGUCCUAUACAUGUCCAAUCACCAGUGUACAGUUGACUGGCUGGUGUGUGACAUGGUUGCUGUGAGACAAGGCAUGCUGGGUAAUCUGCGAUACAUUCUCAAGGAUGGACUCCGAUAUUUCCCGAUAUAUGGGUUUUAUUUAGCACAGCACGACUCUCUAUAUGUGAAGCGAGGUGGCAAGUUUAAUGUGGCUAGAGCAAAUCGACAACUGGCUCGUCUCCGAGAUGACAAAACACUGACAUGGUUGAUAAUAUUUCCUGAAGGGACUAGAUUUAAUCCUGAAUUACCCGAUGUCAUAGAGAAAAGUCAGAUGUAUGCCUCUGAUGAAGGUUACAAACCUCUUAACCACGUUCUAACACCACGGUACAAAGCAGUGCAGGUGUCACUCGAACAGAUGAGGAGUAUAAUCAGUGCCGUUUAUGAUGUCACGAUUGCCUACAGCAACACCCAGAAUGAAGAAACCGAUGAGAGAGUUGCCUCCCCUGGAAUGAUAGAGUUUCUGUCCGGCGCAUCCCGUCAGAUUCACGUUCACUUGAAGAGGAUCGACAUCCGUGACGUGCCCGAGGAUGAGGAGGAGCUGCGUCACUGGCUCAUGGAUAGGUUUCAGCAGAAAGAAAAAUUGCUUUCUCAUUUCUAUUCUGAGGGUUCAAAACAAUUCCCAGGAUAUCCAAUAAAAUCGAAACUUGGAUUGACACCCACAUUACCAUCACUUAUAAUAUGGGGUGGAUUGCUAGCUGUAUCACUUGCCACUUCCAAGGGCAGAACCUACCACUGGCAGUCGUUUCUGGGAUUCAGCGUUUUAGGUUGUAUAUGGAUGAGCAUAAGGAGUUGAUGAGCUGUGAACAUUAAGAUGAAAAUGUGUGUGUGAUACAUAUAUAUAUAUAUGUAGUGCUGAGAAAAGAUACGAUAGUAUGGAUUAAUAUUGUAGAGGUGGAUUAAUUGUGUGAUAAUUAUUUAGUGCUAAAACUGAUUACCGGUAGUUGGAAUAUGUACAGGUGGAUUAAAUCAAAAGUACCGUACUGAUAGGUGACAAUGAAGUAUUAAAGGCUGGUGAUAAAUAGAAUACUAUAUCUGUGACUGUUUGAUACCAUUUAUCUUACAACUUGUAUUUUAAAGUGUGUGGUUAUGCAGUAAAGCGUACAGUACACAACACAAUAGUAAAAUCAACUAGCCACCCAUAGAUGGUUUCUUAAAGUUGGUAAGACCCAAUUGCUGGCUUGUGAAAAUCCUGGUACACUUUACAUUGGUUGCAUAAUUUACAUACUGUCGGCUACCCUGUGAAACAGUCUGGAAACCUUUUAGCUGGCUACCUAUGUUUCCAGUUGACUUUAUUGUUGAUUUGUACACUGUAUAUAAAAUGUGAUGUGUGUAUGUGGACCAGAGAAAAAAGCUGAAAGAAAUGUUUGACUGAGUGAUGCACUCCACACAUUUGUAUUAAAUGUUAGAUGGCAUCGGACAUAUCGUUAAGCCCUAAAGUGACAGACCCUUGUUUAUAAACACUAAGACACAUUUUUAACCAUUGGAACCAUUUAUGAUAAUUGAAAUUGGACAUUAUUCAGUUCUGUAUCUCCAAAGUGAUUCUGAUCAUCCUGGUGUUUCUAAUACCAUAAAAUGCAUUUUUGAUAUUUAAAAAAAUGCACAUACCUCUUGAGAAAUAAUGGUUAUGGAGAUGAUCUCUGUUCUAUUAUUCAAGGGUGUUUCCUGGUUUUAACAUCACAGACUUUUGUUUCGCUCUAUUGUAAAUGUAUCCAAAUGUGUUACAGGGUUGUGAUAUUAACCAAACUUCGUGUUCAUUUUCAUGUUUGAAACUUGGGUCUACGACUUUAACCAUAUGACCUACGCCUUAUAACUUAAGAACUACACAUGAUGCGAGAAGAAGACUGGUGUAUUAGAGCGUUGCAAUGUGUUUGUGUGACAUGAAUACUAUGAACAAAGAUAACAGUAACUUAUCUCAUCCACUGAUGGUUGGCUACAUAUGUGAAACUCCGUAAAAAGACCCAUGAUACAAUUUCAUUGAUAGCCUCCCUCAAAAUAAAUGAUUUAUAUGGUCAAUUUUAUUUACAUGCCUCUAUCCACAUAUUGUUCAUGCACGUCUAUCCCAUGUCCAAUCUCUGGCAAGGCCAGUGGCAGAGUAUUAGACCAAGGGGUAAUAUAGUAAGCCUAUUAAGUUUAUCAGUUUCAGUACUUGGAUGCAUUAAGAGAUUAGAACAAUUUUAACUACGAUGAUUCAUGUGAUUUUGCUUCCAAUGCCACUGUAGUGUAGUUGGUGGUAAUUAAUUUGAUGGGCAUGUCAUUCCAAAUUCCAAGGACAAUUAAAACAUUUUUGAUAAUAAUUAACAGGAUAUUGAUGAAACUUCUUUAAAUCAAAGAUAAAAGUUCCACCAUUGUGUAUGAUUUUACUAUGGUGGAUAAUGUUAUUAUAUUAAAGUGGAUAAUGUUAUUAUAUUAAAGUAUCAUUGUUACAAAUGCCAUGUUUUGCUAUUCUUACAUUUAUUUGUGAUAAAGUUAUUGAUGCUACAUAUGUUUGCAUAAAUAAGUUAAUAUAUAUAUGUAAGUAACAUUCAGUAUGGCUAAAUGUCUGUCUUGUCUUGUAAUAAAUCUUAUGAAAUCGGUGAAUUCACAAAGUCUGGCAGGUUGAAUAUCAGCAACUAGAUAGGGCAGUCAGAUACAGUCGAGUUGCACAAAGACAGCAAACUUGUUGGCAACAUCCACCUGGCAUAACAGUAUGGAGCGUUUGCCUCAACUGAAGGCACCCAGUUCAUCAUCAUCCUCUAAAGGUUAAAGUUUUUUUGUUUGUUUAACAACACCACUGGAGCACAUUGAUUAAUUAGUGAUCGACUAUUGGAUGUCAAACAUUUGUUAUAUCAUCCUCUAAACAUUCACCAAUAUUUUAUUUUUUUCUACUAGUAAAUAACAUUACGUAGUUGUAAUUAGGUAUAUGCAUGUAGUUCAUGGUUUGUUUGCAUUUCAGAGCAAAAUUUAAUGGAUAAAUUUUGAAGAAAGCAGUCAUUAUUACCUUUUAAUAGUAGUAUACCAGUAAUCAAAAGAAUAUAUACUGAACAACAAAAGAAAUGCAAAAAAAAAAAUUCAUGAUAAAUUAAUUAGUAAAUGGGCCUGGGGUGGGACGUAGCCCAGUGGUAAAGGGCUCAC